AUGUGGCCCAACACCUACGUCGCCCAGGGCCUCUAUUGCCUCUCCUCCUCCGACGCCUGGGAGCCAAUCAGUAACGAUCCCUCGGGCGUGGCCUCGCCGGCCGCCUACAUCAUGGCGGGUGGGGGCGGAGGGACGCCCGGUGAGGGCUACGGCGAGGUGGACAACGUGGGGGGCUACAUCCAGCAGCAGCAGCCCCAACAACUCACCCUGCAGCAGCAGAGCCAGUUGCAGCUCCAGCAGCUGCAGCAGAUUCAGCUGUACCAGCACCAGCAGCUAAUGCUCUACCAACAGCAACAGGUGAGACAGACUGGACUGGACUGCUUCAUAGAGGACUGUCACCUGGUGGAGUUAGUGUUUCAAUAACAACAUGGAACUGUCUAACUGACAACCAUUGUAAGACAGCAGUAUGCUAGCAGUUUGUUAGUGUUAUUAGCAAAAAAUGUAUCACAUUUUUUAAUCCUUCUUACUGUUAAUGUAAUGCUACCAAUGCUAUAGCGUUAAUAACAACAUGUGAGACCUACUAAUUACAUACAGAAAUACUCAUUGUCAAGAGCAACAGAUGACUCAUUUCCUCCCAUUAGCCAAGAGCUAUCGACUCAUGGGGAGGUUUCUUGAUAAUGUAAUUGUUUGUGUCAUGAGAAAAUUUGAAUGAACUGUGUUCCCUUAUCUACAGGCAAUGGAACACAGGCUACACAGUGCAAACCACUCCCUCCAAGCCACGCCCAACAGCACUAUCCACAGUCUGGGCCUGCCCACUCACCCUCGCCUGGCUGACCUAUGGGGCUCUGCGCAGGUGGAGAGUGUCGGACAGAUGAGCGGGCCAAUGGGUGACAUGGUUGGGGUUGUGGUCGAGACAUUGGGGGAGGAGCCAGAGGAGGAGAGUGAAUGCAUUUCAGAGCAACAGGAAGAGGAGGAGACUAAGGUGAGCCAUGUGGUUGAAGAAAAACGUGUUGAUUUUCUGACUAGCGUUUUGUAUUGCUUUAGAUAUUAUCACACACAUUGUUGCCUAAGCAGAUUGAGCCAAUCUGAUAUUGGCACUAUUAACAGCAGGCCCAACAAGUAGCCAAGUCAAACGUUCAGCCUGCUGCACAGACCCUAUGGGACACUCGAGCUCCUGGUUAAAUAGUGCUUAGGAGUAUUUUUAAACUCUCUCCAUGAUUAGAGUAGGAAGAAACAGAUGUCAUUGUUGUAAGAAUUUGUGAGUGUACGACAUUUACUAUAGUAAUAUGUUCAAAUAUUGAAUUACUUUGAUAUAUUUAAUUAUGUUUUAUUACGCUAAAUUCCCUAUGGUGUUACUACAUUACACAGACUAACGUUUUCACCACAGAAGAAUGACAGGAAAUACACAUCCUUUUUACCUCAGAUUGGUGAUGUUAGUUUUAAAGUUUAUAGUCUUUGGUUUAGUACCAGUGUUUUUGCCAUAUGCGCCAGUCCAAAGUGGGACAUAGAACGCAGCUGUCAUUUUCAGAACCACGGUGGCUAGAAAACAAUUGGCGCUCUUCCCAUAAACGUCUCUUGCCUCACAUGAAUUCAUGGAUUUAAGGGUUAAGCUAUCAUUCAAAUGAAAGCCAACCCCUGUCUCUAUUUAUUAACCGGUGUGAGGUGGUGAUUCGUUGAAAUUAUCCAGCCAGAAAAGUGUUGUGUUUCCUUUUCUGUGUUGGCCAUCUACCGAAAUAAUUUUCUCACAGAGUUAUAAGUUGAUAAAGGUCUACGAUAGGUUGUCAUCUAUCGAUAGAUAUAUGUAGCAUACCCAAGUUCAUUGAGGUUUGUCUGUUAGAGUGCAAAUGGUACAUGUUGCAGUGGUUAUUGUCCCAGUUCCAAUGAUUGAAAUACAAUAUCGAUGUGAGUGAUUAAUUUGCACUUGCUAUUGAUACGGUAGAACAAGCUAAUCAAUUCCAGUCUUGAGUGACCGCUUGGUAAAUAGUGUGUAAGGAGUAACUUAUGUAUUGGUCUUCAAAAUAUCACAACUUAUUUCAGCAUAUUGAUCUAAAACCGGGGUUUUGACACUUGGCCAAUGUAUAUUUUAGCAAUAUAAAUGGUACUUUUAACAUUAUUUUCCAACAGGAUUCUACCACUGAAUGAGCCCAAAAAAGUGUUAUGAUUUAUUGAUUUUGAUGAUAUUAGUGAAAUCUUGAAAAUAUGUUUGUCAUGGCUACCAAAAGUGUUUUACUUCAGUCUUACAUCAAAGUCAGUCCUCCAGCCACAAGAUGGCGUGCAAGGCUAAUAAAUGGGUUACGAUGUACCCACAGGUAGAGAUUUGACUAAUCCUCACAGUUUGGUAAGUACAGUAUAGUUGGUAAACCAUCCAUUUACUGUUUUCACAGGAAGAUGAAGUUACGUUAACCUUGGAGCCAACUUUGACCCCGUCCCCGCUUAGAGAAGACGCCACCCCAAUUGGAGGCACCAGUCCACAACUAGCACGCCCAGAACCAAUGGCAGAGCGCAUACCCUUUGUGGUCACACCCUGCAUUGUCCAGUCGUUGGAGGAGAAGGACGAAGAGGUGGCGGAGGGGUCUAUUGUUACCGUGGCAACCAAUUGA